GACACUUCAGACUGAGGGAGUAAGAGUAUUAUCACACACACAGAGAGAGGGAAAGAGAGGAGUGAGUCAGUCAGAGGAAAAGGAAAUGAUUGUAAAUCCAUUCAGAAGUUUUUCUUUUCAACAGAAAAACAAGCGUUUUAUUCUCCUCGUCCUGUGGCACAUCCUCUUUGGAGAGUCUUCACCGCGUUUCACCUGAUCCUGAAGUUCUGCUCGUUUUAUUUGAAUGACACCAGGACGCAAGACAGUUUGUUAGAAUAUCUAAAACCCCGGAGGACUGGAAACCUGGAAAUGAAGAGAGAUUUUACGCUUUUCUGUCGGAUUUGGAUUGGGAUUCCCUUAUUCUCAGGUCUAGUGACUGGGUUUUCUAUGAGUCCACCCACCCUUGAGGACACCAAAGACCAGAUCGUGCUUAACGCUAACAACACAUUGACUAUUACCUGCAGGGGACAGAGGAUACUGGACUGGAGCUGGCCUGAAGAGUCUUUGGGUAAAAUUGAGUUUACAGGUCGACAGGAUCUGUCGGCGCCUGCUGACGCUCCGGAUCACAGAGCAGUCAGGGUAAAGGAGUGCCAGGGGGAGGCUGGGAAACCCUACUGCAAAACAUUAAUAGUGUCCAACGCCCAGGCCGAUGAUUCGGGGUUGUACCGCUGUUUCUACCAGGACAUUAAAGCGAUCGUCGAUGGAACCACGGCUGCCAGCGUAUACGUCUUUGUGCGAGAUCCAACACAUCCAUUCAUCAGAACAAAUGAGAUCAGCAUGGAGACCAUCUUUAUAACAGACUCUGAAACACACAUUGAGGUGCCAUGUCUGGUCUCAGAUCCUGAGCUUAAAGUCUCUCUCUUUUUGUUCGAGUCUCUUCCAGUACUUCUGGAAGGUGAGGAGAUCACCUGGAAUAACAAAAGAGGUUGGUCUGUUCCCAGACACAUCCUUGAGAACAUUUCUAUCUUCCUUGGGUUCUUCUGCUCCGUCUCUAUCCAAAACAAUGACUAUAGAUCAUCUAUGUACCUUGUGCAGGUCACAGGAUCUAAAUUGUAUGAGCUGAAGCUGUUUCCCGAGGACUCGCCAGUGGAGCUGAUGCAGGGGGAGGUUCUGGUGCUCAACUGUACGGCUCUGGUCCAGUUCGACACCGCUGUGGAAUUCAAGUGGGAAUACCCGGGCCAAAAGGAGAACAGGCUGGCCAGUUUUCAACCCGUGCGUAAUGUCCUGGAUAAAGCCACUGAAGCCUCCAGCAUCCUUACCAUUCGUAAUGUUCACGUGGACGACACCGGCUACUACACCUGCUCUGCUGGAAGUGUGGAGAAAACUCGACAUCUCACUACUGCAGUCAUAGUUCAUGAGAAGCCUUUCAUUAGUUUGGACUACAGGAAUGGAUCAAUCAUAGAGGCUAAAGUUGGACAAAAAUCUGUCCGGCUGUCGUUGAAAGUAUCAGCAUACCCUUUACCAGAAACUCUAUGGUAUAAGAAUGGUAAAGUGAUCAGCAGACGUCCAGAGUUCAGCAGGUUUAAGGUCCAGCAGCAGGCUCUGGAGAUCAGAGAUGUAUGUAAUAAAGAUGCUGGAGAAUACGCAGUCAUACUGAGAAACACGGCAGCUGCUCUGGAGAAAAAACUCAACUUUACUCUCAUAGUCAACGUUCCUCCUCAGAUUCAUGAGAAAGAGGCAUCAGCACCCACAAACCCUUACAGGAAGGGCAGUCGACAGACCCUGACCUGUACAGCCACCGGCAAUCCCCCGGCCAUCAUCACCUGGCAAUGGAGACCGUGGAGCCCCUGUGGUCUUAACAGCACCCGAAGAACUUUGGGCCGAAGGGGCCAACGAGAUAAGAUUGCCGUCUGUCAAGACUGGAUAGAUUUAGAUCUAGACCACACUGUCAAUCCUAUCGAGAGUAUCGAACCUUUGACCGAGAUGGUGGAUGGAAAAGAAAAGUCUGUAGGCCGUGUGGUGAUUCAGAACGCCAACGUGUCCGCCAUGUACAAGUGCUCGGCUGAGAACAAAGUGGGAAAAGAUGAACGCUUGAUCUAUUUCUAUGUAACAACUAUCCCAGAAGGCUUUGGUAUAGAGAUGGAGCCCUCGGAGGAGCCCCUGGAGCAAGAUAUGGUGCGACUGAAGUGCAAUGCAGAUAAUUACACGUAUGAGAACCUGCAGUGGUACCGUCUGGACCCGCAGGCUGUUCCUCCAGAGCUGGACUGUAAGAGUUUGCAUCAGUACGCCGAGUCUCUGGGAGGGAAGCUUUCCUUUCAGACCUCCAGUAACAACUGGGUCUUAGAGCUCACCAUCCCAAACAUCCAGCCGCAGGACGAGGGCAACUAUGUGUGUGAGGUGCACAACCGUCGCAGUGGCGAGAAGCAUUGUCAUCGCAAGUACAUCCCGGUCAAAGCACUGGAAGCACCUCGCUAUCGUCAUAACCCCAUCAAUCAGACAGUAAAUGUGAGUGAAUCGCUUCAGAUGGAGUGUGAUGUGGAGGGUACGCCCUCUCCCCAGCUCUCCUGGUUUAAAGACAACCAACCCCUUCAUCAGAUAUCAGGGAUCCUCUUACAGGACUCCAAUCGGACUCUGAGCAUUCAGCGAGUGCGAGAGGAGGACGCCGGUCUGUACACGUGCACGGCCUGCAACCAGAGGGGCUGUGUUCAGUCCUCCGCUACCGUUUCUGUCAUUGGUUCUGAUGAUAAGACAAAUGUAGAGAUAGUGAUUCUCAUCGGCACGGGUGUCAUCGCCAUCUUCUUCUGGGUUCUUCUUCUUGUCAUCUUUUGCAAUGUUAAGCGGGUAAACCCAGCUGAUAUCAAGACUGGAUAUCUGUCCAUCAUCAUGGACCCAGGGGAGGUGCCACUGGAAGAUCAAUGUGAAUACCUGCCAUAUGACUCCAGCCAAUGGGAGAUUUCCAGAGACAGACUGCGCCUUGGGAAAGUUCUUGGACACGGAGCAUUUGGGAAGGUAAUUGAGGCUUCAAUUAAUGGACAUGACAAGAAAACCUGCUUAAAUACAGUGGCUGUCAAGAUGUUAAAAGAGGGAGCGACAGCCAGCGAACACAAAGCCCUAAUGUCAGAACUGAAAAUUCUCAUUCACAUCGGAAACCAUCUCAAUGUUGUCAAUCUCCUUGGGGCAUGUACCAAACCCAAUGGUCCUCUCAUGGUUAUAGUGGAAUACUGUAAAUAUGGAAAUCUUUCCAACUUCCUCCGUGCCAAGAGGGAAUUCUUCUUACCGUACAGGGAUCGUUCUCCUAAAACUCAGAGUCAGGUGAGGAGAAUGAUAGAAGCAGGACAGGCUGGUCAAAAUGGACAUCAGGCGUCCACGUCCUCCGACAUCACACCCCCGAUACAGUCUCAGGUGGAUGAUCUGUGGAAGACUCCACUCACCAUAGAGGAUUUGAUAUGCUACAGCUUUCAGGUUGCCCGAGGGAUGGAGUUCCUGGCAUCUCGGAAAUGUAUCCAUCGAGACCUGGCAGCCCGAAACAUCCUCCUGUCGGAGAAUAACGUGGUGAAGAUCUGUGACUUUGGUUUGGCUCGUGACAUCUACAAAGAUCCUGACUAUGUGCGCAAAGGAAAUGCCAGACUGCCUCUGAAGUGGAUGGCUCCAGAGAGCAUCUUUGAUAAACUUUACACCAGUCAAAGUGACGUCUGGUCAUUCGGAGUGCUGCUCUGGGAGAUUUUCUCUCUAGGUGCAUCUCCAUACCCGGGCAUUCAGAUUGAUGAAGACUUCUGCAAACGACUCAAAGAUGGUACCAGGAUGAGGGCACCAGACAAUGCUUCCCCUGAAAUAUAUGGGAUCAUGUUGGCCUGCUGGCAGGGCGAGCCCAGAGAAAGACCCACAUUUCCAGCUCUUGUGGAAAUACUCGGAGAUCUACUGCAGGAAAACAGUCUACCUGAAAUGCCAUUGAAUCUGUCUCAGAGUUCAGAGGAUGAUGGCUUCUCACAAGCUUCAUCAAGACCACCAUCACAAGAGGAGAUCAGACUAGCAUGUAACACACUGUCCACAAGCAGAUAUUACAACUGUGUGCCGUUUACUGGCUGUAUAAUUGUCGGACCCUCCAAUACGUGUCACUCUCGAGUGAAGACCUUUGAGGAGCUUCCUCUUGAACUGACAUCACACAAGACGCAUCAUGAUAGCCAGACAGACAGUGGAAUGGUUUUGGCAUCAGAUGAACUGGAGAGAUUUGAACACAAGCACAGAGGAGCCAUGUUAAAAAAUCCAUCAGCCGGCCGUAGCACAGAACGGCUCAUCAGUUCUCCGUCUGUAAGCAGCAACGGGAGUCUCAACACAUUACGGCCGGGUUUCUUCAGCCAGCUCUCUGGCCAGACUUUCUACAACAAUGAAUACGGCCAGCUGUCGGAGGAGGGCGUCAGUGACUUCUUCUCUUCAUCAGAUCAGGCUGCGUACGACAGGGCCUGCCCGGCGACCUCUAACCUGUAAGGGCCGGGAUUGGCCGGUUAUAUUCAGCUCGGCCCGCCUCCUUUAACAAACUGAACUGAUCUCUAUCUUGCUAAAGUUCUCUAAGCAGCCACUGGGUGGCACCAUUAUGUCAAUUUCAAAGCAAAUGUAUUUUAUCACCUUAGCUACAUAUAUCUUUAUAUAAAGAGUAAACAUUUUAUUUGUACAAAAAUGAGAAAAGAACCAGAAAUGGAAAAAAAUAAAUAAAAAUAUAUCUUAUUUUGA